AUGUCAGGCAUGAAAUCCUCCAACGCAGGGUUACAACCUGCCAUCCCGAUGCAUCGGCCGGUUCGGAACCCUGAGAACCCGGUAGUGUUCAUGGACGUUUCGGUUGGAGGCUCGGCGAUAGGCCGUAUCAGGAUGGAGUUAUAUAAGGAUGUUGCUCCUAAGACUGUCGAAAACUUUCGUCAACUAUGCAAUGGGGAAUUCAAACUGAAUGGAGUACCUAUCGGAUACAAGGGGUCAACGUUCCACAGAGUCAUACGAGAUUUCAUGAUCCAAGGAGGAGACUUCGUUAAAGGAGAUGGGACUGGAAGUUUGAGUAUAUAUGGUGAAAAGUUCCCUGAUGAGAACUUUAAGCUUGCUCAUGAUUCCCCCGGCUUGCUAUCGAUGGCGAACUCUGGUCCCAAUACUAACGGUUGCCAGUUCUUCAUAACCUGCAAUAAAUGUGACUGGUUAGACAGUAAGCAUGUGGUAUUCGGGAAAGUAUUGGAUCAACAGAGCAUGAUGACUGUAAGGAAGAUUGAGAAUGCACAGGUUGGGGAAAACAGUCGUCCGAAGUUACCAAUUACGGUAUCGGAGUGUGGUGAACUCUAG